CCCCCCUCCCCCGGUGAGUGCUCGAGAUUUUUUUGAUAUUUAAUUUUAAAUAUUACGCCAUUAUCUCAUGUCUUGAUGUCAAAUGUCGAAAUGCAGAAGCCCCUAAAGAGGCCAAGCCUCCCCCCCCCAAAUAAUGGCGAAUUCCUAGCUAGGCCACUGUUAGUUAUUGACCCGUACAGCCUAUUCUUGCCAACACAAGCCUUGCGUAUAAUGCGCAAGUGUGUGAAAAGCUGACGUAAGCGGAUUACAUUUCACUGGCGCAAGACUGUUGUGGUUUUAUUCAGUACAGAGAACUUACCCGAGUAGAAAUGGACCUUGACCUUGAAAUAGACGAAAGAAAUAAAAAUGAUGAAAAAACUUGUCCGAAGACAGACCUCCACAAAAAAAGAAUUACAUGGACAGAAUUUAAAAGCAAAAAAAAUUUGAAACAGCAUAUUAAGAACAAAGAUGAGAAGUUGCUGAACAUGUUUGACAGAUUUAUCAAAGCAAUGGGCAAUUUAACUGGACGUUUGACCGUUAAAAAAAAUAAUAUAUCGGCAACGACUGAUGGGAUUCCGGGCACUUGUUUUCUUCAGGGAAUACGCAGACGAAAAACUACAGACAAAGGAUUUAAAACACAGUAUGCUAUUUUCACUUUCACCACAGUUUAUCAUUUAUUUGCUGAAAAGGUUAAUGACCGUUACGUUAUCAAUAAAAAUUGGAAAGAUUUGGAUCCUAAGGUUGACUUAAUUUAUAGGCCUAACGAGUCUAAAGAUUGUCGUCGAUUGACAUUGAAAAAUAUUACUGAAAUGCUGGAAACAGACAAAGAGUAUUAUGUCAAAAAUGACUGGUGCGCCAUUAUAUGCGAAUGUUGGGAUGUUGAAUUGAUUGCCGAUCUAGAAAAUGAUCUAGCAGAAUAUCAGAGUUUGCAACAGCAGCUCUACCUAAUGUCCAAGGAACCAGCUUAUCAGGAUAUCAAUCUUGUAAUUAUAGUAGGCCAUCCUCAUGGGGCUGAGAAACAGGUGAGUAUAGGUCAUCACUUUCCUGAUCUGAAAGAAACUCUCAAGGAUGUCAGAAGUGGACAGCGCUGGUGCAGAUACUAUUAUGACGCACCCACCUGCCCAGGUAACAGUGGUUCACCAGUAUUUAUCUUUGGUCAACCAAUAACUGGCUUUGGAUACUGGUUUGGGCACCCACAUAAUCACGCAAAAGAAGAACCAUCAAUAGAGAAAACAAUGAAGAAAUUGAAAACCAAACCCAAAGAGAAGCCCAUGUGCAUAGGUAUGACUUCUGUUGGCGUUGAAAUGAUAGUAUAAAAUAGCUCAGGUUUAAACAAUCAUAUAAAGAUAUUCCAUAUGUGCAGGUGUGUCUUUUGCAAAUAUAUAUCUUCUUAAUAAUUUUAAUAUAAUACAACUCUGGUUGAUAAGUUGUCACCAGAUAGAAUAAGCUUCAAAACUUCUUAACAACUUUAAGAAUUAACAUGACCGAUAUAUAUAGAUUUGUCACUUCCAUUGUUCACAAAAUGAGGACAGUUUUACGUAGCUCUAAUUAGGUCACGCGUUACCACGCUUGGAUGCCAGAGAGAGACGCCUAUUAAAACUUAGUUCAAGGCUACAGCAGGGUAAUUUAACUUACAGAAGUUAAAAUAUAUAAUAAAACAACAACAACAACAACAGGGUAUUGAGAUUUCGUGGUUCUUUAUUCUAAGGAAAGAUAUAAAAGGAGAAGCAGUGGCUUGUGACGAGAGAGAGAGAGAAAGAGCUAGAAAGUAAGACUUAGAAGUCCCUAGUUUAAAAGUAAAUAGUUACUCAUUUUAUUGAUCAUUUUCACUGAAUCCUGUAUCUGCUUUAUAUAUCUUGGUACAUACAUUUAUUGUUUCUUAUAUCUCUUUGUACAGACAUUUAUUGUUUCUUAUAUCUCUUUGUACCUACAUUUAUUGUUUCUUAUAUCUCUUUGUACAUACAUUUAUUUUUUCAAGUUCAAGUUUAAAUUAAUUAAAACUCUAGAAAAAACAUUAAAUUUAGGUCUAGUGUUAGGUCUAGAUGUUAGGUCUAGUGUUAGGUCUAGUAUUAUGUCUAGUAUUAGGUCUAGUGUUAGGUCUAGUGCUAGGUCUAGUGUUAGGUCUAGUGCUAGGUCUAGUGUUAGGUCUAGAUGUCCAUAUAAUGUACAUAGCCAUAAAUAACCACGUAAGUAGACAUUCCUUGCUGGUCGUAUCAAAAUAUGCGUACGUUUUAGUAACUGGCGUACCACGAGCCAAAAAUGAUUUAAAUUUUUUUUU